AUUGAUAGGUUUUUUUGAGAAAAAUUCUAAGUUUGAGAAAAACAAUAUUUAUGGAAAACUAGGAGAAUUACAAAAUUUCAAAAUAAUGGCGUAGCCAACAAAUCAAGAUUACAUGUUUUCGGAGAUUAACGAAAGUAGAAAAAUUUCAUAAAAAAAAAUGCCUGGACGAGUAAAAGUAAAAAUUGCGGCUGGCCGAAAUUUGCCCGUAAUGGAUCGGUCCAGCGAUACAACCGAUGCGUAUGUUGAAAUUAAAUUGAGCAACACUACUUAUAAAACAGAUGUAUGUCGAAAAUCUUUAAAUCCACAAUGGAAUUCCGAAUGGUAUCGAUUUGAGGUAGAUGAUGCUGAGUUACAAGAUGAACCUUUACAAAUUCGACUUAUGGAUUACGAUAUGUAUUCGGCGAAUGACGCUAUUGGAAAAGUUUAUAUUGAUUUAAAUCCGUUACUGUUACCAAUCAGGAAUCAAGUAACAGUUCAAGCAUCCCCAUGCCCAACAACAUCAGAUUUAACAAAUGCUUUCUCAAAUUCUGGUGGUUCGACAGUUUUAUCUAGUGGAGUGACAGCCCUAGGACCUGGUUCUGUGUUUUCUGGUUGGGUGCCCGUUUACGAUACAAUGCAUGGAAUUCGUGGUGAAGUCAAUAUCACCGUUAAAGUUGAACUAUUUAAUGAUUUUAAUAAAUUUAAACAAUCCUCGUGUGGUGUCCAAUUUUUUAACUCAUCAAAAAUUCCAUUUGGUUAUCAUGCUCGAGUCGUGCACGGUUUUGUGGAAGAACUAGUUGUAAACGAUGAUCCCGAAUAUCAUUGGAUUGAUAAAAUUCGAACACCUCGUGCUUCAAACGAAGCUAGACAAACGUUAUUUUUUAAAUUAUCCGGCGAGGUGCAACGUAAAAUUGGUAUAAAAGCGAUUGAAGUUGGUGCAAACUCCGUAGUUGGCUAUCAUCAAUGUUUCGAUUUAGAAGGUGAUUCGGGUAUCGUAGCACGCGGUAUUGGUACAGCUGUUACAUUGGUCCGUAUACAAGAUACAGCACCAUUAUCUAAUGAUCAUGUGUUCAUUGAUAAUAAUACUAUCCCCACCACUGUUAAACAUGAUAAACCGUUAUCAGAAGAAUCGUCCACGAUCACGACGACACAAACAACAAAUACUGCAGGUGCAGGUCUAUAUAAAGAGACACAAUCACAGACACAUUCAGGGUCGGGUCAUUGUCGAACCGAAUCUGUUGGCAGUAAAGGAACGAAAUUAAAUACAAUCUCUUAUAUACAUAGACGUUCUUCUGAUUCUGAUUUGAGCAUUACACCGAAAGGUAAUAGUUUAUCAAAUGCUGAAAGGCCUGCAGUUAAUAUUAAUAUUGGGCCACGUCCAACAAUCAAACCAACAAAUUGGGAAAUGCUUGAAUUUCCAUUUAUAACAAUGUCAAAAUUUCCACCAAAUUUUAUUCGUCAUAUUGGUGGAACAGUGAGUGCGCGUUCAGUAAAAUUAUUGGAAAGAAUAAGUAAUAUCGAAGAACCAGAAACACGGGAUGCUUGGUGGACAGAACUACGAAUGGAAAUUCGAUCUCAUGCACGGGCUUUGGCUUGUAAUGUGGUUUUAGGCUACACCGAACAAGCUAGUAUUUGUGAUGAUGUUUGUGUACUGAGUGCGUCAGGGACAGCAGCGAUCAUAUAUAUACAGAAUACAAAAUUAACGGAUUCAAAUGACGUUCAAUCUGCACGUAUCACAAUUCACAACCAAAUAUUUGAAGCAUUAGAAAAAUUACAAACCAGGGAUUCCAAUUCACAAUUAUCGAGCACAACAAAUCGUGUUGAAUCAUUACAAGAGGACAAUGGUCAAGCAAUUGUUGGAAUCGAUACAGUUGGAGGUAUUGUGGAGCAACAAAAUGAUACUCCACGUUCACAAGUAACAACGUCCACAUGUCAAAUGUGUCAUGUGCCCUACUCGGAAUCGAGUGUUCCAUACCCCAUAGUCAUGUUAAAAUGUGCUGUAUGUAAAUAUGGACGUGUACCGGAUGUUCUAAUAUCGACAAUAGAUAUGCCGGAAGAAUGUAUGAUUGUGGGCAACGGUUGUUUAAUUCAAGCGCACGUGUGUCGUCCUAAACGUGAUUUACGUGCCGAAUCAAAUGCCAAGGAAAUAUCAGAUAGUUUACCAUUUUUAGAAUAUGAUUUACAUCGUUUGCUCAUUAACAAAUUGAAAGUGAAGGGUAUGAACACGAUUUUUGGAUUACGUGUACAAAUAUCGAUUGGGGAACGUAUGCUUGUUGGUACUGCGUCCGGUACUGGUGUUUAUUUAUUACCGUUACCGGCACCGAGUUUACCAAAACUUGUUUCGGGUGUAUCAUCCACAAAUAAGGAUGAUUUACAAGAAAAAUCACGGUUAUUGUCCGAAACUGCCAAGAAAAAUAAGGAAUUUUAUCAUUUGAAAAAUGAUCUGGAUGAAUUUCUUACUCAACAAUCAACAUUCACCCAUGGAGAGGAAGACUUAGAUGAACCACCCAAAUUAGAUUUAACAACUGGAAAUAAGGAUUCUUGUGUUUUAGAGAUAGAUGACGCUGAAGAUGCGGACAUAUUAUCGUUAUUAAUGGAAGGACCGCCACCGAAUGGUUUUAACGUGGUGAACAUCGAACAAGUACCUGGUUUAGAUGAUUACGAAGUGAAAACCCAUUUACAAAUGUUCACACAAAUGACCCGCUGUAAAUUACCCACAAAUCAGUAUUCACUAAGAUUUGGUCGACAAUUCCAACGUUUGUUACAAACCGUUUACUUUAAAUUACGACGUAUGACGCCUUGUGUUUUAUGUCAACUACAAUUUAGGGUGGAUAUACCGGAAAUUGAUGAAAUUCAGUUAACUGCAUAUGGUACUGCAAUGGGAAUCAAAAAAAUGAAUCGUUCAUUUAAAGAAAAAAAGAAAAUUACGCACUCAAUAAGUAGGGAUGUAAAAAAAGGAUUAGACGAAUAUGAUGAGAUUUUUACGUUAGAAGAAGAUGAAGAACCUUCCCAACAAGUUGUCUCAAAUAAUGUACCUUCGAAUUUACCUUCAAAACAGCUACGAAUUCACACCGAACCAUUUCAGGCGUCACGGCAUGGUAUAGACAUAACAUCGUUAUCUUACAUACCUGGAGGACAUAUUGUUCAAUAUUUAGGAAAUAUCAACUUCUUUUUUAUCAGAGAAUCGACAUCGAUUCGAGAGUUCGACUUUCAGGGGAGCGGUUUAAGUGGUUUUGUUCAUAGUUUUGUGACGGAGGUUUUAGCGAUUGUACGUGCACAUAUUGCAGCGUUAGGUGGAAACGCAAUGGUGGCGUAUUUCAUGAAUGAAUGUGUUUUAUUUCGAAAUCCACAUAAAAAUCAGGGUCAAUGUUUAAUAAAUGUGGGUGGUGAUGUGGUGUUUGUAUCAUAUCGAACCGAAACACAAAAAUGUGCUCAAAAUUAAAAAUAUUUGAAUUAUGUUUAGUACAAAGACGUGACGCAACGUUGCAUUUAAAUCGUGUGUGCUAUGUUGUCAGCUCAAUUUUAUGAUUCCCACCUCCAAGUUUUCUUCAUUUUUUUUUAUAUACAAUUUUG